AUCUCAAUUUCCCGCUGUCCUAUUGCACUGACCGCGUCGCUAUCCCGUUCGUCCGCGUCGCUAUAUUUUUUUUCGUAUUUUUUCAAAUUUCCCGCUUAUUUAUCUCUUCGGAUCACGUGAUUGACUGGUUUACGAUUUUUGAAAAAAUUAUUUCCGUUGUAUUAAAGUAACUCCGCGGGACCAGUCUAAUAAAUUUUACAAAAUGGCGUCAUUCAAAGAUCAAAAUAAACAAAGAUUUCAACAUUGACAUCUAUUUUUUCAAUUUAAUGAAUAUAUAGAGGCAUAUAUGAAUGAAAUGAGAUGAAACAAAUUUACCGCAUUUCCCAACGACAUUCACAAACUUGUUUAACGAACUUUGAACAAAUACUGAUUUUAACAACGAUCAAAUUGGCUUCAAUGAGCAAGUCUUUGAAGUAUUAAUUAUCACCCAAUCGAACUAAUAACUGUUUAAUCAGCAAUUCUACAGUAAUGAAUCUUGCCCUUUGAAAACAAUUAAGAGGAUAUGAUUAGAAAAACAAACCCCAAGCUGAUACUAGACUUGAGAAAUUCACUUUCUCGAUGUCGAGCUUGGGUGAAACCAUACGAAUAUUAUAAAACGUUAAUCAGAAAAAUGGGGAAUCAUUAUGCUAAAAAAUGUCAACUCCUGUUAAACGUCGUAAGGUGAACAGUACACUGCUACAGUGGGUUACAAAACCCAACACAGAAGCCGAUAAUGACUUGAUUGUUGGUCCUAUAUGUUCUGCAACAUCACCAGUUAGUGCAAAGAAAUCCUCACACAGACAGUCUGGUGUAGACCCAUCAUGGAAAAAGACUUUUCCUUGGGUUUUAUUCACAGAUAAUGAGAAAGGUAUGCUUUGCAGUUUCUGCACAAAGUUCAACAUGAAGUCAAAGAAUGGGUCUGGCGUAUGGGUGUCUGUUCCGUGUACCUACUUAGUUAGAGAUAGCUUACUACGACAUGCCAAGACAAACAUGCACAUAGAAGCUACCGACCUUGAGGCCAACUCCAUUCUUGCAGGCAAAGGCCAGAGUAUUCAGUCAGCUGUAGAACAUCACACCUCCUUAGAAAAGACAGCCCUGAUUGGUGCCUUCAAGAUCAUGUACUGGUUAGCCAAAGAAGAGAUUCCACACACAACUCAUUUCGCUUCACUUCUAGACUUAGCCAAGAACCUUGGAUGUGACUAUCUCAACUUACUGCAGAAAGGUGAAAGUGUCAACUACACCAGCCAGCAUAUUAUGCAGGAGAUGUUACACAGCCUUAGUCUACAGAUUUCUACACCCGUUAUAGACGCCAUUCAGCAGAGCACCUACUACUCAUUACUAGUUGACGAGACAACAGAUGUGUCCGUGCUAAAACAGUUGACAGUUAUGGCCCGAUACUUCAACCAGGACUUAGAGUUGAAGACAUCAUUUCUGACACUCAUCGACGUUCCAGAUGGUAAAGCAGACACCUUAGUCGCAGCACUCAAGCAGUUCAUGACAGAAAACCAGUUACCUGCACACUCGUUUAUUGGUCUGGGUUCAGAUGGUGCUGCAGUAAUGGUUGGCAAGAAGACAGGGGUUGCUACACAGUUGAAAGCAGACCUAAAUAGUGAACUGAUCAACAUACACUGCAUUGCACACAGGUUAGCCUUGGCAGCAGCUCAAGCUUCAAACAACAUACCCUAUCUCCAGAAAUUCAAGUCUAUACUGAAACAGCUUUUCUACUACUACCAAAACUCAGCAGUACGAAUGAGUAGUUUAAAGCAGUUAGAGCACAUUCUUGGUGACCCUGCCAUCAAACUGAAAGAGGUCGGUGAUACUCACUGGUUGUCACAUGAAACUGCAGUCCGUGCUGUUAGCCAGUGCCUACCAUCGCUCAUAGCCAGCCUUGAGCGUGAAGCAUCAGAACGUCAUGACGCCACUGCAGCAGGUCUAGCUACUUUCGUUAAGAGUCCUUCCUUUGUUUGUACCCUUGCCAUGCUUAGUGAUGUUCUACCUCAUCUAAACAGAUUAUCCAAGCUCUUCCAGAAGACAUCAGUUGACUUCACCUUAGUGGAUCCCUUGGUUUCCUCAACACAGAUGACACUCCUACGUCUACUUGAAUACCCUGCUGACAACAUGACCAACCUACCAACCAGAUUCGAGCAACUUGAAGAGUACGGUGUAAAAGGGUCAGAGACUGACAUCACAUCAUUCAAAGAAAGGAUUUACCACCAGUACAUCAACAACGUCGUUGAGAAUCUUCACCAGAGGUUUCCAGACACCAACAUUCUUGAUGCCUUGUCAGUGUUUGAUCCAGAACUUAUUGAUAAAGAAGACCCCUCACUCCAUGAGUGGCUCCAACAUCAAAAGCUGAAGACCCUGUCAGAUCACUUCACUUCAGUUGGGUCCUUUGAGAAGGUAAAGACAGAGUUCCACUCUCUUAGACAACUUAUUGCAGUCAACAUGAAAGACCAUUCACUGAGAGAUGCCAUGCUUAAAGUAAUACAGAUGGGUGACCUGUAUCCUGCUCUUGCCAAGUACUGCAUGAUUGCUCUAGUCUUGCCAGUAUCAACUGCUGAUUGUGAGAGGUCCUUCUCCACCAUGGCUAGGAUUAAGUCUGUUCUCAGAAACCGCCUCAGCCAAAGAGUACUGAACCAGCUAAUGUGCAUCUCUAUUGAAGGCCCAUCAUCAAGUGACUUUAACUUUGCAUCAUGUGUUUCUGCUUUUGGUCAGAUCAGAAAAAGAAAGCUAACUACUGACUAACUUUGUGUGCUUUAAUGACUUUUAUAGAUAUAUAUAGACAUUUAGUUCAGCUAAUUUAUUUUAUCAAUGUGUUUAAUUUAGUGCUUAAGUAAAGAACAAAAUAGUAACUGUUUGAGUUUAUGCUUUAAAUUAUUGAAUGAUCUUUGUUAUUGUUUAAAUAUUAUGUUUUGUUAUGUGAUGUAUGCUACAGUUUAAUCAUGACAAUGAAUAAAAUUUAUUUUUGUA